UAUGCUAAUAGGAUUUAGAUUUCUAUAGAGUUUGUUGACUUUAAAAAUUGAGAGAUUUGUUAAAUUUGGAAAAAAUUGUAGAGAAUUUUAUAUAUUAUGAAAAUGUAUAAAAAUAAAAUAAUGUAAUGAUUCUAAUAAUUCAAGGGUAGUAUUUUCAAAAUGUUGUUUUGUGAGCUAAAAUGUUAAGAAUACAACUUUCAAUAAUACUUAUUUUAAUAGAUUUGUAGAAUCAUUAAAAUUUAAACUAUUUAUUAUUUCACAAAUGAUUUUUAUAGAAUUAUAGAAACAUCAAACCAAUAACACUAAAUUUUAAUAAGAAUGUAAUAAUCUAUAAACCAAUAACACUAGACUUGAAAAUUCUAAGAGUCAUUGUAAAUCUAGUUUCCACUAACACUCUCUUAGUAUUGUUAUUUUCAUCCCGACAAAAGAAAGUGUUUUUAUUGUCACUUAGUAUUUUGUAAAAUAGCGUUUACAUGUCUUCCUUUUUCGGUUGUACGUUUAAGUCUUUAGGUAAAAGACAUUACAAAUUAUUUGCAAACGCACAAUGAUUGAAAGAAAGUUACAUUCAUAACUCCAUACAUGUACGUUGUUUCGUCAAAAUCAAGAGGACACGUGGAACAAUGCGACAACAAGAUCAUGCAUAAAUAUUUCAGAUCAUGCAUCAAUAAUUCAGAUCGAUUCAUACAAAAUAAUAUACUAUAAAAAGAGAACUCGUCAGCCCAAAUUUUUGGUAAAGAAAUAUCACAAAUAAUUAGACAUCGGCGUUUCAAAAAAAAAUGCCGUCCACUAAAAUCCAGUUACGAUGGCAGCCACUUCCUAGGGUUCCGGAAAGAAACCACCGUAUGAUAAACUCUGUUGUUUUUGGAGUUCCCAUUAAAUGUCACCACCGUGUAAGCGACGUACUCAGCCGUACGAAUGGUCCAUCUUUUGGUUCUGUGACUUCUGUCUCAAUAAGAACCAAAGCGAGACCGUUUCUUCUUGGCGACGCUAAUGGUCGUUUCGGGAGGUUCGGUGGGAAGUUUGUACCGGAGACUUUGAUGUCACGCCUGAGAGAUCUUGAAGAGGAAUUAGAUUUUGUUUUGAGCGAUCAUGAAUUUCAGGCGGAGCUUACAACAGCAUUAAGAGACUACGUAGGAAGAGAGAUGCCUCUCUACCUCGCCGAACGUUUAACCGAACACUACAGAAACAAAUCUCGAACCACCGGAGAUGGACCCGAGAUCUACCUGAAAAGGGAAGAUCUAGGCCAUAGUGGGUCCCACAAAAUGAACAAUGCUCUCGCUCAAGCAAUGAUUGCCCGGCGGUUUGGUUGCAGCCGUGUGGUAGUGGCCACAGGAGCCGGCCAACAUGGGGUCGCCACCGCGGCUGCUUGUGCAAAGCUCUCCUUGGAGUGUACUGUUUUCAUGGGAACCACUGAUAUAGAGAAACAAUCCUCUAAUGUCCUUUCCAUGAAACUGCUUGGGGCUCAGGUAUCAUCCUUAGAAGGAACAUUUCAAGAUGCCAGUUCAGAGGCGAUUCGAAAUUGGGUUGAAAACCUAGAAACCACAUACUACUUAUCGGGGACGGUCGUAGGACCACACCCGAGUCCGGUAAUGGUACGUGAGUUUCAAUCUGUGAUUGGGAAAGAGACGAGAAAGCAAGCCAAACGACUAUGGGGUGGUAAGCCUGAUGUGUUGGUAGCCUGUGUGGGGAGUGGUUCAAACGCAUUGGGAUUGUUCCAUGAGUUUGUUGGGGAUGAGGAUGUGCGGCUAGUAGGGGUCGAGGCCGCGGGACUGGGGCUUGAUUCAGGGAAACAUUCAGCUACUUUGGCCGUUGGAGAUGUUGGUGUGUACCAUGGUUCUAUGAGCUACUUGUUGCAAGAUGAUCAAGGACAGAUACUUAGACCACACUCCAUUGGAGUAGAAGUAUCCCGGAGUCGGACCGGAGAUUAGCUUUUUGAAAGAAACCGGGAGAGUCGAAUUCUACACAGCAACAGAUAAAGAAGCCAUUCAAGCGUGCAUGCUAUUGAGCAGAUUGGAGGGUAUAAUCCCAGCAUUGGAAGCAUCUCACGCGCUCGCAUUCCUCGACAAACUUGUUCCUAUUCUGCAUGAUGGUGCCAAAGUGAUCGUGAAUUGCAGUGGCCGUGGCGACAAAGAUAUAGACACUCUUAUCAAAAGAGGCAAUCCCUCUUCUCUUUCUCGAGUCACCAAGAUGUCACAUUAUUCUUGACUCUUGUAUAACUCCUAUAGAUGCAUUUGCAACCAACACUAUGGAUAAAACAAUAAUAAAUCCGACUAAUAAUAUAGUCCAUAAUGCUACAAAAAUCAAUAUUCAUAUCGAGUAAUAAAA